AUGGCUGCCGCCUCGAAAGUGACCCUGAAGCUCUUAGUCGACAAGAAGAGCCACAAAGUACUGUUUGGAGAAGCAGGCAAAGAGUUUGUUGAUUUCCUCUUCACCAUCCUCUCACUCCCUCUAGGCACCGUGACACGCCUCUUGUCCAAGAAGUACAUGGUAGGCUGUCUUGGCAACUUGUACCAGAGCAUUGGAGAUCUCAACGACACAUUCAUCCAGCCAACCCUAAACAAACACACCAUUCUGAACCCAGAAACCCCAACAACUGGCAGCACCCUUUUGCUUGUCAAGAACCAGACCUCUCGGUCACAGAAGGCUCUGAUACCAUGUCAAGAACCAGUUGAUCCCAAUAACUCGAGUUGUUGGGAGAGGUUCAAUCGUGGAUCAUAUACCACAACACUAACAUUGCUAUCCGACGAUGGAUCUACGCCGACUAGAAAUUUCUAUACGUGCCAAUACUCCCACAGGGUGGUGACUUUUGACCCACUAGCCAUGUGUCCGAAAUGUUCCUCAACCUCGAGAAUGCAGUAUGCAGUGGAGCUUGUUGCCUCGCCUGCUAAGAAUAAUGAAGCGGGUUGGAGUGGUGAAGAAGGAGGUGGGUUUGUGAAAGGGGUGAUGACUUACAUGGUUAUGGACGACUUGGAGGUCAAACCCAUGUCAACGAUCUGCAGUAUCACUCUGCUGAACAAGUUCAACAUUCAGGAAGUUGGUGCUCUAGAGGAGAUGUUCAUCGAGAUUGGGAUGGAUGAGGUGACUGACCCUUUUCGAUACGAUUAA